AUGGCUGAUUCUGUCAUGACCGACUCACCAGCGGCCGAUCCCUCAGUUCCAUUCUCCCUGCGGCCGCGUUUCAAGAUUUCUGACCUCCCACUUGUCAAAGAACAGCGGACAACGAUCGAUGCCCUUCUUCUCAAAUUCAAGAAGCAAGGCGGCUAUGACUACCUCCGGAAACAAGUUUGGGCCUCGUUGAACUCCCCAGACGCCAAGGCCGCUCUCACCGCUCAGAUCCAAGCCAUUGCAGUGGCCGAGAUCGAGAAAGAUCCGAACCUGCUGAGUCGAGAGCGGGGUAAAGCAGCGACAUUGAUUCAGGGUGCAGUUGACCGAAGCGAUAUCUACAAAGAUGUGGAGUCCAGGAUCGACACCGAGCUUGCAAAGCACUCGGCUCCCAUGCUUGAUUCAGUACGAGACAUUCGCCGCGAAGAUGUAGGCGCUGAGGUUGCAGCGGAAGAGGAACAACGUGGUAGCAAGACGGAUGAUCAAUACCGAGCAGAGACUGAAAAUCGAGCCGCCGAAAGGGAGCGAAAUAGGAGUCGAAUGGAGCAAUUGCUUCGCGAGACCGCCGAACUAAAAGCAAAGAUCAAACAGGAAGAGGAGAGGAAACGCAAGAAGGAAGAGGCCAAGCGUGAGGAGGAAGAGCGCAAGAAGCGUGAGGCUGAGGAGGAGGAACGAAAAGCAGCCCGAGCUAAGCGACGAGAGGAGGAGGAAAAACGUGAAGCUGAGCGAAUUAAGGCGCGAGACGAAAGGCAUCGAAAACGUGAGGAAGAACGGCGAGAAAGAGAAGCUCGUUACGAAAAGGAACGGGAUAAGGAAAGAGACCGCGACCGUGAACGUGAUCGGGAGCGUGAACGAGAGCGCGAGAGGGAACGAGAACGAGAACGAGAGCGUGACCGUGACCGUGACAGAGGAAGAAACCGCGAUGACGACCGCGGCCGAGAGCGUGAGCGUGAGCGUGAACGCAAGAGAAGCACAGAUCGAAAACAGUCUCGGGCAGAGUCUAUUUCCUUUAAAGAUCUACCGACUGACGAAAAGGAUCUGGAAGCCACAGCCCUGGAACUACUUCUGAACGAAAGCAAACAGUUGGCCGAAAAGUCCAAGCACAGGCCGGAGUAUGAUUUUGAAAGAUCAAAAGUACAUGAUAGCUCUCGAAGAUUUGCUGGCUCAGACCGUUACUCUGGCAGGCGGGACAGAUCUCGAGAGAGCUACAGACCCAGUCAUGACCGCCGAAGCAGGUCUCGCCAUCGGAGAGAAUCUGUGCACGAAAAGGAGCGGGAGAAGGAGAAGGAAAAGGAACCGAAGAAAGAAAAGGUGGCCACUCCGCGCCCUCGAUCCCCGAGUAAGGACCGGGAAGAAGGCGAAGCGCGGAGCCAGAAGGACUCGGCAUCACCAGUUCCCGAGAAGGUCACAGCAGCAGCAGCGGCUGCGGCUGCGGCUGCAGCUCGAGACAGAAGGCCUCGAUCAGCUUCGCCGCCCAAUAUCGACCGUUAUGUUCCGGGUGGCGGUUUCCAUCGUACAGAUGAGGAGCGUGACCGCGCCCGAGAUCGACGCCGAGCCAGGGAUUUGGAGAAGGAUGAACCGAGGAGAAAAUAUGACAGUCAUCACCCUGACCGAGGUACCGAUCGUGAGCGGGAACCAGAUCGGGAGCGAGACCGAGACCGAGACCGAGAACGUGAUCGCGACUAUGACCGAAAAGAUCGUGAGCCAGAUCGGGACCGUGAUCGAGACAAAGACCGUGACAGAGACCGUGACCGUGACCGUGACCGUGAACGUGAGCGAUAUCGAGAGCGGGAUCGGGAUCGGGACCGUGGUCGUGAUCGGAGUCGGAGUCGCGACCGUGAGAGAGAUCGAAGCAGAGUACGAGGCCGAGACCGUAGCCGAGAACGGGACAGGGAUCGCGACAGAAAUCGAAGCCGAGAUCGAGAUCGAGACCGAGACCGAGACCGAAGUCGGGACCGCGACAGAGAUCGAGACAGGAGAGAUCGCAGCCCUCGACGUCGUGAAGAGCGAAGGGAUGAGAGAAAGGACGACCGUCGUGAUGAUAGGCGAGAUGACCGACGGGACGACCGAAGGGACAGUCGCCGGGACAGAGAUCGGAGUGAUGUGCGUCGAGACCGAGAUCCUGUUCCGAUCGACCGUUAUGUGCCCGGACGAUAA